GGGUACUGCCUGUGACGUAACGGCGCGGCCCCGGCUGGUGAAGAUGGCGGCGGCCGAGUGAGGCGAGCGGCGCCGCGCUCCCGGUCCCGGUCCCCGAGCGCUCCGCUCCGCACAGGCCCAGUUGGAUUGGUAUCACCCCAGGCCGGAGAGGCUUUUGCUGUUGACUCAGACCUGUGCCUUGCUUCUGAGCCCUGGUCUUUGACGAGUUGGUUGUGGGGGACUUGGAGUGCUCCUCGGAGUCUAGCCUCUUUCUCAGCCCCUGAAAACUUGUCACUUCCAAACGGAGGAGGAAUAGCCAGUGGCAAUGGCUCAGUCUCCAGUGCAGGGUGCUCUUCCUGGGAUACAGAAUUUAAAAGCAGAUCCCGAGCAACUGUUCACAAAACUAGAGAAGAUCGGCAAAGGUUCCUUUGGUGAAGUUUUUAAAGGAAUAGACAACCGGACUCAAAAAAUUGUGGCCAUAAAAAAUAUUGACCUUGAAGAAGCCGAAGAUGAAAUUGAAGAUAUUCAGCAGGAAAUAACUGUCCUGAGUCAAUGUGACAGUCCAUAUGUUACAAAAUACUAUGGAUCCUACCUGAAGGAUACAAAAUUAUGGAUUAUAAUGGAAUAUCUGGGUGGUGGCUCGGCCUUAGAUUUGUUAGAACCUGGAUCACUGGAUGAAUACCAGAUUGCAACAAUACUAAGGGAAAUCUUAAAAGGUCUUGAAUAUUUGCACUCGGAAAAGAAAAUCCACAGGGAUAUCAAAGCGGCCAACGUCUUACUGUCUGAGCAAGGUGAAGUGAAGCUGGCAGAUUUUGGAGUCGCUGGGCAGCUGACAGAUACGCAGAUAAAGAGAAAUACUUUUGUGGGUACGCCGUUCUGGAUGGCGCCUGAAGUUAUCAAACAGUCAGCAUAUGAUUCCAAGGCUGACAUCUGGUCUUUGGGAAUAACUGCAAUAGAGCUUACAAAAGGAGAACCUCCACAUUCAGAGCUGCAUCCAAUGAAAGUUUUAUUUCUUAUUCCGAAGAACAACGCACCAACGUUGGAGGGAAAUUACAGUAAACCCUUAAAAGAAUUUGUGGAAGCAUGCUUGAAUAAAGAACCAAGUUUUAGACCUACAGCGAAAGAACUGCUGAAGCAUAAAUUUAUAAUCCGAAACUCCAGAAAGACCUCUUACUUGACGGAACUGAUUGACCGGUACAAGCGGUGGAAGGCAGAACAGAACCACGAGGACUCCAGCUCGGGUGAAUCAGACUCGGAAGCUGAAGGACAAGCAUCAGGAGGAGACGAUACAAGUGAUUGGAUCUUUACAAUCAAAGAAAAGGACCCAGUCAAACUACAAAAUGGAGCAGCUCAGCCCGACAACCUCAAUGAGAGGGAUCAGGUACAAGAUGCUCCAAAGCAAUCACAGUCUCAAUGUUACCUACAGUUAUUUUCUCCAUUAUUUACUGAGCUCAAGGAGAAGAGCCAAGCAGCUGGAGGUUACACCGAAGCAGUUGACGAACUGAGGGACGCCUUUUUCCUGGUAGAAGAAGCUUGUCCAGGCAUUUCUGAUACACUUGUGAACCAGCUCGUGCAGAGACUUCGAAGAUAUUCAUUAAGUGGGGCUGGUUCUUCCAACUGAAGAUUAAUGUUCGUUUCUGGAAAGAUGAUGUCACCCAGAUUGAGGAGGUGCUCUUAUAGUGAUCAUGUACAAUGACUUUUGCAAGAGUUUUCCCGUUUAUUAGGUUAUCCCCCUGGACAAACAGCAUCAAAAGAUGAAGUGUCUCAGAGCAAUUGCCAGCCAGUUUGUGCUGCUUGAAGCAAUUAGUUUUUAUCAAUUUCUACCAUAGUGCACAUUUUCAGGUAGGAUGAAUUGCCUACCAAUUAUUUUUUUUAAGUUUUGUUCUGUAUCCCAAAUUGUAUAUUUAGGACUGGGAUCUGGAAAACGAAACCUCUGCAGUGCCUCAGGUAACCUGCUUUACGUUGAUGAUUAUUACUGGGAGACGGAGAGGUUCUCAUUAGCUUGUGUACAUUUGUAUAUAGAAUCAUUUUUACCGAAGAUGCAAAUCCUGAGAGUGCAUUAGGAGCAUAACUGUCUUAUUGUACAGCCUCCUCGGGGCCGGGACUGACCUGCUU